GGGAGAGAAGAAGAAACAAGACGGAAAAAACAAACCUUUGGGCUGACCACCUCGUGUGUGUGUGUGUGUGCGUUACGUCAGUUGCGGGGUUGUAAGGUAAAGCGCAGGACUAUGGCUAAUGAUGACCAGAUAGCAACGAUAGGAGCUGUUCUUGUCGACCCUGGGCAAGACCUUGCUCGGCGUUUCAGAGCCUUAUUCACUCUGAGGAACGUGGGAGGUGCUGCAGCCAUAGAGUGGAUUAGCAAAGCGUUCAGUGAUGAGUCAGUCCUGCUGAAGCAUGAGCUGGCCUACUGCCUGGGACAGAUGCAGGACAAACAGGCCAUACCCACCCUGACCACUGUACUGCAGGACACACAGCAGGAAGCCAUGGUCCGACAUGAAGCAGGGGAGGCUCUGGGAGCCAUCGGUGAUGCUGUGGUGCUGGAGCUGCUGAAACAGUACAGUCAGGACCCCGUCAUAGAGGUGGCGGAGACUUGCCAGCUGGCUGUUUGUCGCAUACAGUGGCUGCAGGGCGGUGGCGAGCAGCAGAACGAGGGUGGAGCUACAGACAAGAGCUCCUACUUUUCUAUCGAUCCCGCUCCACCUGCAAACAGCAAGAGCCUCUCAGAACUACGGGCCAUUCUGCUGGAUGAAAGCCUGCCGAUGUUUGAGCGUUACAGAGCCAUGUUUGCUCUGCGUAAUCUGGGCACUGAGGAUGCUGUGCUGGCGCUGGGGGAGGGUCUUCAUUGUUCUAGUGCUCUGUUCCGCCAUGAGAUUGGAUAUGUCCUGGGUCAGAUGCAGCACCCUGCCUCCAUCCCCGCCCUGCAGGCAGCUCUGGAACGUAAUGGAGAAGACCCCAUGGUACGACACGAGGCGGCGGAGGCUCUGGGGUCAAUCGGCAGGGAGGACUGUGUGGCCGUGCUCCAACGCUACCGUGGAGAUGGGGAGCGUGUUGUCAAAGAGAGCUGCGAGGUGGCUCUGGACAUGUUGGAAUACGAGACCAGUGACCAGUUCCAGUAUGCUGAUGGACUGGUCAGGUUGCAGGGUUAACGGUGGCCGUGAGGUUUUCACAUUUUGAUGCCUUUGACUCGGUUGUGUUUCAGACAGGAAAACAGCACAUCAGCAAAAUAUUUAGGAGUUAAUUUAUACAUGAGCUGAUAUGAUUGCUUUCACUGGUCUUCAUAACGUAAACCAAACCUGUAGCUCGAUCAGUAACAUGUGAGUCACGUCAGUGUUGGCGUGAAUGUUCAUUUGUAGAGUUGUGGAUGAUGGACCAAUAAACCAAAAUGUGUCCCGUUAAAGGCGCAUGAAUUGAUGCUUCUCUCUUGGGCCCUAGUGCUCAAAUUAUGUGCAAUUUUUUGUUAUCUUCCAGUGCUGUGGAUAUAU